GUGAACGUGGACGUAGUCGGCCCCACAUGAGAAAAGCCCACUCUCCCUCUCUCUCUCUCUCUCUCUCGCUCGCAUUGUCGUUGUCGUCGUCGUCGUCGUCGUCGUCGUCGCCCACUCGCAUUUUCAUAAGAAAAAGUACCCCAGAAAUACUCGUAGUGUAUAUAGUGCAAUAUAUGUAUAUGUAAAAAUUAUGGUGGCCCAGUGCAGUUUUUUUGGAAAUCAUGUCACAUGCAGUGGCUACUCAGAAAUGCGGAAAUUCUAGCCCAAAAAAAUAAUCAAAAAUAAGCGCGGAAUAUCAAACGAAAAUCACACUUUCAGAGAAGGUGGAAAUUUGCUUAAAAAAUAAAAAAGUAAAUAAAUAUGAAAGGUGUCAUAAAAGUGCGGCGAUAAUUUGUGCAGUGUAUCUGUGUAUCUGCGAGUGCGAGUGCGUCUGCUUUGUGUCAACUGAAAGAUUUGACCUCGCACUUCACCCAUCAAGUGAAUUUAUUUGUCGCUCAACUCACGCGAUCCACUCUCGUCCGUCCCCAUCAGUCGUGUGUCUUCCCCGGAGUUCCCCCUCCCCCCCUGUGACGAUUACUACGAUCAUUAACCUCAGACCGAGCCGCGGCGGCACUCGGGCAAUUUGUCACACAAAAGACAUCAUUCUACUCGUCAAAUGCUGGGGAUGCGCCGCCACUAACUGGCCCCAAUUUUGUGCUGGAACCCUUUCGUAGAGUGUUAAAAACCAGCGAAUACGAACACUGGAGCUAAUUGUGAGAGGAAAAACUGUGAUAAACAAAGCGAGAGCGAACUGCAACAAAUAAGGGAUAAAGGAUAAAGGACUCGAGACUCCUGGGCAGCGGGAACAAUUAAAAGCAGCGCAAUAAUAUACAAUUUUAAUAAAACUAAAACCCGAAGCAAAUUAAAAAGCGAGCGUCGCCAAAUGCGACACUAAAAGUAAUUAGCGACAGCAGACAGAAAGAGACAGAGACAGCAGAUAGACAGGGACAGAGACAGAGACAAGGACAGACAGGGUGGGGGUCGUCGCGAGUCGGUAAUAAAAACAGAACAAAACUGUUAUAAAUGAUGUUGCAAUCCUUGAAUCUGCACGCGGAUACACUGAGCGGCAUUCCAGAGGCAGCAGCAGAGGCAGUGGCAGUGGCAGUGGCCGGGCCCGUGGCAGCAACAGAACAAACUAACGAGGCAGCAGCAGCAGCAGCAACAACUACGAUGCUGACAACGGCACCUGUUGCACUUAUUGCUAAUGGCAACAACAACACCAACAGCAGCAGCAACAACAACAACAACAACAGCAACCUUUAUAACAAUAACAAUUUAAAUAGCAAUAACAAUUGCAACGUACAACAACCGCAGCAGCAGCAACAACAACAACAGCAACAGCUACAACAACAACAACAACAACAACAGCUACAACUACAACUACAGCCAGUCAAGUAUUUAGAGAAUCUAACGAGCUCAGGAGCAACUUCAGGUGCCAUCGCAGCGACAACAACUUUUACAGGUGCUGCGAAAAGUUUCCAUCCAUAUUUGCGGCCCACUUGCAACACCAACAGCAACAGCAACAACAACAACAACACAGCCAGCCUCAUCCCAGCUACAACAAAAAUGUCGACUGCAUUGUUGGAAACACUUUUGCAAAACCAAAUAAAUUCCAGCACAACAACGCCGACCGUUCCAACAACACCAACAGCAAUAGCAGUAGUUCCUGCAACACCAACAGCAGCUGGAGCCGCAACAACCGCAACAACAGCAGCAUCAGCAGUGGCAGCGGCGACAGCAGCGGCAGCAGCAACGCAGCUGAAUUCCGGCAUUAAUUCCAGAACUUCAUUAGUCGACCAGAGCCAGAGCCAGAGCCAGAGCCUGGCCGGGGGCAUCGGAAAUGCUGCUGUUAUGGUAGUCGCCGCUGCCCCACCCAAUGUUGCCACAAGCGUCCAAAAUCGCAUGUCCAGUCCCUUGGAGGAUGACCUGAAAACCGAACUGGAGGCCAUGGACACGAACAGCAACGAAAUGCUGAAGGAUCAGCCCGAUGCGGAUAAUAUCAAAAUGUUUGUGGGCCAAAUACCCAAGACCUGGGACGAGACCAGGCUCCGUCAGAUGUUCGAGCAGUUCGGGCCCGUUCACACCCUGAAUGUGCUCAGGGAUAAGGUCACAUCGAUUAGCAGAGGGUGCUGUUUUGUCACCUACUAUACCCGAAAGGCCGCCCUGCGCGCCCAGGACGCGUUGCACAACAUCAAGACCUUGGACGGGAUGCACCAUCCCAUCCAGAUGAAGCCGGCGGACAGUGAGAACAGAAAUGAGCGUAAACUUUUCGUCGGGAUGCUGAACAAAAAGUACACGGAGGCCGAUGUGAGGCAGCUAUUCACGGGCCACGGCACCAUUGAGGAGUGCACCGUGCUCCGGGAUCAGGCCGGACAGAGCAAGGGCUGCGCCUUCGUUACAUUCGCAACUAAACAGAACGCCAUUGGGGCGAUCAAGUCCCUUCACCAGAGUCAGACCAUGGAGGGCUGCUCCGCUCCGCUUGUCGUCAAGUUCGCCGACACGCAGAAGGAGAAGGACCAGAAGAAGAUGCAACAGCUGCAUGCCUUCUGCGGCAUCAAUGCCCUGACCGGCCAGACGCCCAGUGGAGCGUCUGCUGCCACAACCACGCCCACCGCCAACACAGCCACCGCCCUAAUAGCUGCCCCAACUUCGGCCCCGAGACCCAAUCCAUCGAUGGCCGCAGCACUGGCCGCAGUGCCACCUGUCCAGCAGGCGGGAAGCGGUACACAGACAGCGCUCGUGUCGGUCCCGACAUCGGCCCAGUUGAACGCCUCUCUGGCGCCCACCCUGCUGACCGGCAAUCCGCACCAGGGAGCGGCAGCAGCCGCGGCGGCGGCUGCGGCAGCGGCCUAUCUGGGCGGAGAUCCAGCGGCAGCGGCCCACCUGCAGCUCUACCAACAGCUGCACAGCUACGGACUGAGUCCGGCUCAUUAUCUGCCAGGACUAAACUUCCAUCCACCGGAUAACAGUGCCCACCACAGCCAGCACGGCCCAUCCGGGGGCGGCGCCACAUCCGUCGGUGCAGCAGCAGCAGCAGCAACUAUAUCGGCUGCAGCAGCAGCAGCCGCAUCCGCAGCACCUCUCUCACUUGGCAGCGGCGGCCCAUCAUCAUCCGCAGCAUCAUCCCUCGGCGGCGGCGGCGGUGGCAGCGGCAGCAGCCUCGGGCUCCCUGCCGCCGGGCAUGCUCCUAGCGCUGGACUGCUCGCCGCUCCAUCCCUGUCUAUGCAGAAUCUGGUAACCCUGCUAGCCGCGCCCACCUCCCACCAGCACCAGCACCACCAGCAUCCAUCGCUCACCAUCGCAACCGCCCCCAACAACAACAACAACAUCAACAGCAACAACAAUAACAGCAGCAGCAUCCACAGCAUCCAUAACCACACAUCGACCAGCAGCAGCCUCCACCAACAUCGCCAGCAGCAGCACUCCCUGGUCUACGCCCAGGCCGGAGCAGCGUCCUCCGCCGGGCAGCUGAUUCAGCACCCGUACAGCAUGUCCCAGCUGAUGGGGCACGCGGCCACGCCCUCACCGCAGUCGAGCGCCGGCCAAACGCUGUCGCUGAACGCGCUCUGGAACGCAAGUGCCGCAGAUCCCUACACGCCAACCCUGAGUGGACUGACAAAUGGAUCGGUGCCAGGUGCUGCCUAUGGAGCCUCGUCACAGUCCCUGAAUGCCAGUGCCCUACAAGCAGCCGCCGCAGGCGUGGCUGGCAAACAGAUCGAAGGUCCCGAUGGCAGCAAUCUGUUCAUUUAUCAUCUACCUCAGGAGUUCAUCGACACGGAUCUCGCCUCGACAUUUCUGCCCUUCGGAAAUGUGCUGUCGGCCAAGGUGUUCAUCGAUAAGCAGACGAACCUAUCGAAAUGCUUCGGCUUCGUAUCGUACGACAAUCCACAUUCGGCCAAUGCGGCCAUACAGGCGAUGCAUGGUUUCCAGAUAGGGACCAAGCGCUUGAAGGUCCAACUGAAACGUUCCAAGGAUGCGGCCAAGCCGUACUAGACACAUCUACACACAUCCAUGUACACCCCUGCAGAUAGGCAGUGGUUGGAAACUAUAGUUUUAACAAUUGUGCCUUCUAAGCAAAGUUCGGAAACCAAAGGACCAAUUACAAAAAUGUAUCUGAUAAGUGAACACACCACACACACACACACACACACACACACAGCUAAAGCUAAAGAUAAAUAGAAAGAUAAAAGUUAUAGAACGCACAGAAAUAAAAGAUGGAACGGAACGGAACAGAACGAAACGGCAAACACACACAAAUCCAACCAAAGAAGUAGCCUGAAAGUUGCAUCCUUGUUGUAAUCACAUUUGCUGAAAACCCAUCAACCAUUAACCACCAUCAACCACUACCAAAACUAUUCAAUGUGGUCGGCAAACAAAUCCAAAAAACAAACCCAAAAAAUACGAGUAAAACCCCAGAAAUAUGAAGCUGCGUUGUGUGGCGCCAAAGUAUUUUUCAAAGCCAAAUAGUUAAGCAAAAGCAAAAGCAGAAACCCAGGAAAUGGCAGGCUAAAAGGAAUAUCAUAUUUUGCACCAAUCAAAUGAAAAACAAUUUAGCAAAUUAAUCUUAAGUUACAUAAGUGAUAAGAAUACAAAAAACAAAAAAUAUGUAUACAUAAAAUAAAAUGUAGUAGGGCACAAAACAAGCCGCAAAACAUUCGAAAUUCCGUUCGUUGGAAGCAACAGCUAAAUGAAAGCCUUAAUAAACUAAAAUAACUGGUAGAAAAUUCUGUGAAAAAACAUGAAAUCAUCAAUUAACUAAUAGAUGUAGUUGCUAUCUUAACAAACGUCACACAAAAAAUAUACAUCCAGAUCGGGAUGGGGAUUGCUUAUAUUUCAUCCUUAAUUCAGACAUCAUUUUAUAGUCAUUAAUAGUUGUAAACUAUAUUCUAUUUUAUUUUAUCUCGCAUCAAUUGAUUUCAAUACAAAAACACACAAUUUGUUGUUCAAUUUGUACUUAAAUUGCACUCUACGUUGAAGAGCAAAAUUUAAUUUUAAACAUAAUAAAUAUUAUAUAUUGAGGAUUCAA